UGGUCUUCUUCGGAGAUAGUUAUUGGAGCGUAGAGUUGGUUAUCAGAGAUGGUCAUGUUAACGUGUGUGUGUGUGUUUCGUGAGGGAAAGCAAUGCCAUUGAAGCAACUUUCGAGGCGGACAAAUCUCAUUCACUCGUAAGCAAUCCCAUCCAAACCGCACGUUUCCCCCCACGUCAUUUGGUUUUGAAUCAAACCAACUUUUGUUCAUUCACCAUUCCCUCUCUUCUUUGCUCACUGAUUUUUAUAAAUAUCCCAACCCAAAGGAACAGUUAAAAAAGCAAUAGAAAUGGCUAAUCAAAUCACCACCGCUCCUGAUCUCUUCACUCCUUACAAGAUGGGCAACUUUAAUCUAUCUCACAGAAUCGUAUUGGCUCCACUGACAAGACAAAGAUCCUACAACAAUGUUCCCCAACAACAUGCCAUCUUGUAUUACUCUCAGAGAACCACCAAAGGAGGUUUAUUAAUAGCUGAGGCCACCGGUGUUUCUGACACUGCCCAAGGCUAUCCUGAUACACCUGGGAUAUGGACAAAAGAACAAAUUGAAGCAUGGAAACCAAUUGUAGAUGCUGUUCAUUGCAAAGGUGGAACAUUCUUUUGUCAGAUAUGGCAUGUAGGCAGAGUUUCAAACUCAGAUUUUCAACCAAAUGGACAGGCUCCAAUCUCAUCAUCAGACAAGCCGCUGGCACCGAAAGUUCGGGCUAAUGGAAUUGAUGUUGCACAAUUUACCCCUCCAAGACGUCUAAGGACAGAUGAAAUCCCUCAAAUUGUCAACCAUUUUAGGCUUGCUGCUAGGAAUGCCAUUGAAGCUGGUUUUGAUGGAGUUGAAAUCCAUGGAGCUCAUGGUUACCUUAUUGAUCAGUUCUUGAAAGAUCAAGUGAACGACCGAACAGACCAAUAUGGAGGGUCUAUCGAAAACCGUUGUAGAUUUGCUUUAGAAAUAGUUGAAGCAGCUGUAAAAGAGAUAGGUGGAGACAGAGUCGGGAUAAGACUAUCGCCGUUUGCCAAUUACAUGGAGGCGGGAGAUUCGAACCCUGAAGCUUUGGGGAUGUACAUGGCAGAAAAUUUGAACAAAUAUGGAAUUUUGUACUGCCACAUGGUGGAGCCACGGAUGGAAACUGUCUCAGAGAAAGUUGAGAGUCCUCGCAGCCUGUUACCAAUGAGAAAGGCAUUCAAGGGUACAUUCAUAGCUGCUGGAGGGUAUGAUAAGGAAGAUGGAAAUAGAGCCAUUGCUGCGGAUCGAGCAGAUCUUAUUGCUUAUGGACGUUCGUUUUUGGCAAAUCCAGACAUGCCAAGGAGAUUCAAGAUAGAUGCUUCUCUCAACCAGUACAAUAGAAAUACUUUUUAUACAUCAGAUCCUACGAUUGGUUACACGGAUUAUCCUUUUUUGGAAGAGUAGAAAUUCUCAUUUGCAGUGGCUUCAUUUAGCCAUAUGAAUUCAAUUCGAAACAAGUUGUUUGUGUUCAUGUACUUUGGUGAUUACGUUUCACUUUCAGAUAUACAACAAAAUGUCAUGGAUUAUACGAGUCUCCGACUUUCUGUCAUGUUUUGUUCUGUUCCACUGGGUUGAAUGGUUGAAGCAAACACAUGAACUCAAUGGGCAUACAAAUUUGAAGCACAAAUUAGUGUAAAUGUUUUAUUUAGGGCCAUACGUUUCUGCAUGGAAAUGUGAGUAUAUCCGUUUCCUGCUAUGAGAGGGCCAGGGCUAUGAUUUGACAGAAAACAAAGUUUCUGCUCAAAACCAUAUGGAUGUUGUUUUGUUUAUGGUCGUUUGUUUUUAGCCAAUUUAUCCUUAUUGGCCAUGGAGAUUUGAGCACAAUGUAUCAAGUGAUUGUAAACUGUUAAUUGCUGUUAAUAUAGUUGAAGUGCUGUUAAGUGUUUGCUA